AUGUGUUCAACAUGUACAGACUUCCAAAAAAAAAUUAUAUCGCUCGGCUGUUCUUCAUUCCUGAUACUGCUAGCGAUUGCACUAGGCGUUUUAUGGCCAUCCAUGUCCGAACAGAUGUUACAUAAUAAACUUGUAAUCAAAAAUGGAUCGACAAACUAUGACAACUGGAUCAGAACGCCGAUACCGAUGUACCUAGAAGUUUAUUUCUUUAACUGGACCAAUCCGGAUGCAGUACAGGCGAAUCAAAGUGUAAAGCCACACUUUGUCGAAAUGGGACCGUACACCUUUUCCGAGGUUCACGAACGGGUCAAUCUUGUGUGGAACGAUAACGAUACGGUAACAUAUGACCAGCGCCGAAUCUGGCAUUUUGUACCGGAACUAUCGAAAGGAACACUGGAUGAUGAGGUUACAAAUUUAAAUAUUAUUACCUUGAACGCGGCACACUUUUUGCGAAACUCGUAUCCUUUACUGAAACCAUUUAUCGAUAUAUUCCUCAAAACGGAAGGUUCGUUGUUGUGGAAAAAUAAACCUGUACGUGAGCUACUGUUUGAAGGUGUUAAAGAUCCCCUUUUGGAUCUCUUGAAGACACUCAAUACUACGACGCUAAACAUACCUUUCGACAAAUUUGGAUGGUUCGUUGGGCGCAAUUUAAGCGAUACCUUCGACGGGACGUUUACUAUGCGAACGGGUGCUGGUGGACUGGAUGAAAUGGGCUUUCUGACACAGUGGAACGGUUCGCCAAGGACGGGCAUGUAUCGAGGAAAGUGUGGCGAGGUCUACGGUACCUCCGGUGAAUUGUGGCCCGCCAGCACCGAGACUCCGCCGAACAUCACACUCUUCCCAUCGGACAUUUGCCGUUCCAUAACGCUGCAAGGCGGGGAACAAGUCUCACUGUACAAUGUUCAGGGCAUGAAGUACGUCGGCGAUGAUCGUGUCUUCGAUAAUGGAGUGAAGUAUCCUGAAGCAAGCUGCUGGUGCAAUGCUGAUCCGGCCAAAUGCCCUGAUUUGAAACCAGGUGUCUUUAAUGCCUCGGCGUGCAAAUACGGUUCCCCAACGUUUUUAUCCUUUCCACACUUUUAUUUGGCUGAUGAAAGCUACCAAAAUGCAGUAAGUGGACUGAAACCGAAUCAAACUGAGCACGAGUUUUAUAUGGCUAUUGAGCCACAAACCGGUAUACCAUUGGACGUUCGUGCUCAGCUACAGAUCAACGAACACUUACAACCGAUAAGUGGGUUCAGCUUCUAUAAGCAUGUACCGGAUGUGAUGAUACCGAUGCUAUGGUUCCGACAACGUGCUACCCUAACACAAGAACUUGCGGAACAAGCGAAGUUGGCGCUCGCAUUACCGUCAUUGGGGAUCUACGUGUGCAUCUUCUUUGGCUCCAUUGGUACUAUUUUGACAAUUGUGUUCCUAUUCUGCAGUAUCAGAAAAUGGUCCCAAAGUACCGAGCCAGUUCCGUACGAAGAGCUACAAAAUUAG